AUGGAAAGUGGCAGUAAGAGCAGAAGCUAUUCGCUAUCUCCACCUUCAGAACAGUGGCGAAAAGAAGAACGAAAUAAACGUGGAUUUUUUUGUACCCCUGCUCUAUUGAUGAUUAGUGCAGUAGUCAUUGUUGUUUUUCUUAUAAUCUCCUGCGUUUCAACUUACUGGAUUACUCGAGCACAACUGUCUGAGAUUAAAGAUAAUGGUCAAAGCAGUGGAAAUUUGCAAAAGCCGACUUUUAUCACUAUGGGAGACUUACGACUUCCGAAAAAGCUGAAACCAGCAUCGUACACUCUGAUUAUGAAAAUUUACCUACCUUUCUAUGUCGACUUUCCAAGCGAAAAAAAAUUAACUACUGAUGGAGAGGUAGUUAUUGACAUGGUCGUUUUGGAGCCAACCAAUUCAAUAACUUUAAAUAUGAAGGAUACUCAUAUAUUAUCAGACAAAUGCGAAGCACAGUUGAGUGACGAGCAGAGAGUUGGUAUCACAAGCAUAGCAGUCUUAGAUCGUCUUGAAAAAGUUAUCUUCAUUUUAGAUAGAACACUGCGUGUUGGUGAAAAUGUUAAGCUCAGGGUAACCUUCACUGGCGCAAUAAACGACGGGCUCUUUGGACUGUACAGAAGCGCCUACAAAGAUUCGAAAGGAAAUGUAAAAAUCGCUGCGGUAACGCAGAUGGCGCCAGCAAAUGCGCGACGAAUGGUACCUUGUUUCGAUGAACCGGAAUACAAGGCAACGUGGAAUGUGACUAUUAUUCAUCCAAUUGGAACAAGAGCAAUUGCCAACAGUUUCGAAAUCAGCGAAACUACAGAGCCAGAUGGGAAUUGGAAAGUAUCGAAAUUUCAACGCACACCUGUUAUGUCUCCGUAUCUCCUUGCUAUAUUUGUAUCAGAAUUUGAUUUCGACGAAUCCUACACAAAAAGAGGCGUGAGGUUCCGCGUAUGGUCAGCUCCUGAUACCAAAGAGAGGAGAAUGUAUGGAUUAAAGACAGCAAUCGCUCACAUGGAAACUCUUGAAAAAUAUUUUGCCAUUGAGGAUGUCGUCAUGAAACAAGAUUUGGUUGCACUAGAACGUUUUGUGGUAGGUGCGAUGGAAAACUGGGGUUUAAUAACGUUCAGGGAAUUUUCGUUAUUGCCUCCAUUUUCUAUUCAUACGGAAAAUUUACUACAAAGGAAAAUUAUAGCUCAUGAGCUAGCUCAUCAAUGGUUUGGUAAUUUGGUCACCAUGAACUGGUGGGAUGAGUUAUGGCUCAAAGAAGGUUUCGCUAGUUACUUUGAAAACAUAGAACUGAAUGAGAACAGGGACAUGCGAAUUAGCAAAACCGAGCACGUUACCAGUUUUAAUUCUCCAAUGAAGAAAGAUUCCCUUGCUGCAAGUCGUCCACUUUCGUCUAUUAUAGACAUACCAUUGGAGAUAUACGGGUCAUAUGAUAGCUUAUCUUAUUCUAAAGGAGGCAUUAUCAUUGCCAUGAUCCGUGACGUUGUCGGGGAGCAAAACUUCAGGAAAGCAUUGAUUCACUACCUCAAAAAAUUCUCCUUCGAAAACACACGCGGCGAUGAUCUCUGGGAGGCUUUCGACGAAGUUGUCGAAGGAGCUGAAGGUCCCGACGGAGGAAAACUGAGUAUGGUUGAUUUCGGACCUCAGUGGUCAAAACAGAUGGGUUUUCCACUUGUAACUGUCGAGCAUUUUAACUCUACAACGCUGAGGAUAAGGCAGGAAAGAUACAUGAAAGUCCCUCAUGCAACUGAACUACGGAAGUAUAGAAAUUCAAAAUACGGGUACAAAUGGGAUGUUCCUCUAUGGUAUCAGUGGGAUGACAAACAAGUAUACUACAAGUGGUUAAAAAGAGAAGAGCCGUUGUAUUUGGAUCGCAAAGAUGCCCCCAUUGUCAUAAAUGUGGACAGACGCGGAUAUUUCGUUCAAAACUAUGAUUCUGAUGGUUGGAAGCGCAUUAUAAGACAGUUCGAUGAAAACCAUAGGGUUUACAGCUCACACACAAGAUAUACAGUUAUCAGCGACGCCUUCAAUGCUGCUUUAAUUGGUCGGCUAGACUAUAAAACUGUAUUCGCACUGUUGAAAUAUUUAUCUAAAGAAGAGAAUGAUUUGGUGUGGGAAGCGGUAACACGAGGGCUCGAUUCUAUAAAACAUUUCUUUGGUGACAAGAGCGGAGAAAGCGGAAGAAAGUGGGCUGACCUUUACUCCAACAAGAUAAUGGAAAGAAGGUACACGAGUGUGUACUCUGAGUAUAUAAGCGGUGAAUUCGAAACACAUCGAAAUGGUAGUAGACCACUGUACCAAGCUGUAGGAUACGGGAAAAAGAAGCAUGACAAGAGUAUCUCUGAAAUGUCGAGAUACUCAUCUUCUUUAAGACUAAAAUUUGCGACGUCCGUGAUUGAGUCGUACUGUGAGGCUGGAUCAAAUAACUGUUCAUCGACUUUUCAAUCACUUUUUGAAAAAGAAGUUCUUGAACGGUGCAGCAAAGGCAAAAAAGCUAGCCAAUGUGUCAGGAUUCCGAGGCAUCUUAGAAAGUGCACCUACUGCUAUGGAGUGAAGCGGAUAGGUAGUGCUGCGAUAGAGAAGGUAAAGGUCUUAUACAACAGCGAAGACAAUGAGGAGGAAAAAGAUAAUCUUGCAAAGGGUUUGACAUGCGCGAACGAAAUUCAGGAGUUGAAGGCUUUGCUACGACGAACGAUUAACGAGACCGCAAUAGAACAGAUUGGUUUCGUAUUUGCGGGAGUGGCAUACAAUCCGAUUUCGCAGGAAUUUUUAACCAACUUCCUGAUCGAGAACUGGGAAGCAAUUUAUGAGAGGUUAGGACAUCAAGAUUAUCAUAUGCAGCUGUCAACAGUAAUUGGAGCAUGUCUCAGUGUCAUGCAUUCGAACGCGGAGAUAAUGCUAGUGAAACACUUUCAAGAAAUCAAUCCCAAUGCACAACAAUUCAGCAUCAUAAAUGAAAAGAUCGAAGAAGCACAACAUAGGAUAGCGUGGCUCAAAAAACACUCAAAAACGCUUACCGAAUUUUUUAAGUCUGAACUUGGUCAGACGGAGACAUUUUCUUGA